UUGUGUGCUCCAUGACGAAUGAAAAACAUAACCUAACACCAACUUUUCGAUUACCCCUUAUCGAGAUAGUUCUCCAGCAGUAAAUGUAUUACAGUGAAAGCAUUUAAACGCAAUGGCAAACGAUCGAGAAGUACUUCGGGAAAUUUGGGAUGGUAAAAUCCCGGUUUGUUUUACUCUCGAUUCCGAGGAAACCUGCGAGUUACAAGGUCCGGAUCCGUUUUAUCUAAUGGUACCCAGAUUAAGUUACUUCCCAUUAUGUACAGAGAAGGUACGAAAACACUUCAUACGACACAUACAGAGCGACAGCAAACAGGAGCACGAAAUGUGGCUGGAAUUUAAUGGAAUCCCGCUAAAGUGGCAUUAUCCAAUUGGUGUUCUAUUGGACAUUUAUUUUAAUGACAUUCAAUUACCUUGGAAUAUCGUUGUCCAUUUUGACAAAUUUCCAGAAAACGUUUUAAUGCACUGUCAGAAUAAGGAAGUUGUAGAAGCACAUUUCCUCUCUUGCAUAAAGGAAGCUGAUGUCUUGAAGCACAGGGGCCAAAUUGUCUCUAGUAUGCAAAAGAAAGACCAUACGCAACUGUGGAACGGUAUUAUGAACGAUAAGUUUGAUCAGUUCUGGUCAGUGAAUGGUAGGCUUAUGGAAGCCAGCAGUGAAGAAGGAUUUAAAUAUAUACCUUUCCGAUGUUACACAAAUGAGGAUAAAUACAUUCAGAAGUUGAUAAAGCCAAUGAAUGAAGAAGGCCAAAGAAAAACUUUAAAGCAUUUAUUAAGCGAAGUGUUCCCGGAUCAAGAAAAUGUCACAGUGCGCACUCAUGGUAUCCUGCCGUCGUUGGAAACGCCGCUUCAAUGGAUGUCCGAGCAUUUAAGUUAUCCAGAUAAUUUUUUGCAUUUAAUCGUGGUAACUUCAUAACGUUCAUUAGAGAGCAGAUAAUUUUCGUCUCAGUAAGUGAUAGAACAACAGUUUUUCUAAUUAUUUUAUAUAUAUAUAUAUAUAUAUAUAUAUAUAUAUUGCUUUAAAUCGUUUUGUAUCAAAUUAUUUAUUUUACGAUAAGCGCGAUAGGAAUGUACGAAUACCCUAAAUUUUCUAAUGUUUCGAAUUCGAUUAAGAUAGAAUUGUAUUAGAAUGGGAACUUAUUAGAAUUUUACAGGUACUUGCACAUUCUUAAAUAAAUGAUUCUUGUUUUUGUUAAAA